UUUCCUCUAAAAGCUGAACUGAAGAAUGCCAGACGAAUACAUGCACAGUUUCCGGAUGAUUUACAAAAGGAAGAAAAAAACAAGUGAUCGAUAAGGGCGCCUCAUAAGCCAUCAUUUAAGUAAACGAGGGAUUUAUAACUUUUAUUUCCAUGCACGUGGCACCUCCCGUACCAAAUGUAAUAAGCGCUGCUCUCUCCGUCUCUAGACUGACAGGUCUUCUCCCACGUCAGAUACAAUGGAAAGUCUUUUGUUUAACAGCAGCGUUAACUGCAAUGACGGUGGUUUCACGAAAACCGGAGAAGGAACAAACUGCUCAAUUCCUGCACCUAUACCCAAUUUUUACAUCGCCGUACCCAUCAUUUAUUCUGUUAUAUGUGCUGUUGGUUUAACUGGCAACACGGCCGUUAUAUAUGUUAUCCUUAGAGCUCCUAAAAUGAAGACGGUGACGAAUAUCUUCAUAUUAAAUUUGGCUAUUGCAGAUGAACUUUUCACUCUAGUAUUGCCUAUUAACAUCGCUGAUUACCUUUUGCUCCAGUGGCCCUUUGGGGAAGUCAUGUGCAAACUAAUUAUCUCUAUUGAUCAAUACAAUACCUUCUCCAGUAUUUAUUUUCUGACAGUGAUGAGUAUAGACAGAUACCUCGUUGUCGUUGCUACGGUAAAAUCAAAGAAGAUGACUUACCGCACCUACAGAGCUGCCAAAAUAGUUUGCCUCUGUGUUUGGAUUUUUGUCACAGUCAUAAUUCUACCCUUUACUGUUUUUGGUAAAAUCCACAAUGAUCAAGGCAGGAUGCAAUGCGUCUUUGUAUUUCCUAAUCCGGAGGGCUUCUGGUGGAAAGCGAGUCGCAUAUAUACGCUUAUACUGGGCUUUGCUAUCCCCGUGUCCACCAUUUGCGCUCUCUAUUCUAUGAUGCUCUACAAACUAAGAAGAAUGCGCUUGAACAGUAAUGCCAAGGCCUUGGACAGAGCCAAAAAGAAAGUUACUCUAAUGGUGCUGGUCAUUUUGGCGGUCUGCCUAUUUUGUUGGACUCCGUACCAUUUCAGCACGAUCGUGGCCCUGACCACAGACAUCCAGCAGACGCCGGUGAUAAUCGGAGUGUCAUAUUUUAUUACGAGCCUGAGUUACGCCAACAGCUGUCUGAAUCCAUUUCUGUAUGCAUUUCUCGAUGACAGCUUCAGGAAAAGUUUCAGAAAGCUUCUAGAAUGUAGGACUGCUUCGUGAUGCAGCAUGGAAUUUCGUUCUAGGAAUACGAGAAAAAUGAUGUUACUCGAAAGAAUAAUAUUUGCUCUGUAACAAAAACAUACGUAUGGGGAUGAUAUUCAGUAUACCCCUAUUACACAUUAAAAACAACACACGUGGCGAAACGGGGCUUAUGUGACUUUAGAGUAACCUGAAUCACUUUAUUAUUAUUACUAUGAUGAGGAAGAUAAUGGUGAUGAUGAUGAUGAUUAUUAGCCAGAUGACAUUUUUAGUAACAAAUAGCAUGCUUUAGAUUUUUAAUUGCUAAUUUUCAUAGUUCAGAUUUGAUUAAGAGUUGCUGCCUUCACUUUUAUGUGCUUUUAAUAUAUGCUGUACUAUAAAACUAAAGUGUUUGGGAGAAAGGAUGCAUUGAAACUAAACUGGAAAAUUGCAAAUAAAUAAAAGUCUUAAGGUGCCUUGUAUGGUAAAUGUUGGUGUCCUUUUAUGAUUCUAAUUCUGAGCACAGCUGGGCUUUACCUGUGGGAAUUGAUGUUUAUGUGAUA